AUGCUUAAGCACUUGCUGGUGAUGAUACCGGAGCAUCGUAUUUAUUGCGAACCAUUCUUUGGUGGAGGUGCAUUGUUCUUCGCCAAACCAAAAGCAGAGGUGGAAGUGAUCAAUGAUGUAAACGGCGAAGUGACAAAGUUUUCGGCACUUCAAAAGGAAAUCCAAGCCACGCUUCAUAGCAGGGAGCUUUAUAAAAAAGCAAUGAAGAUUUACAACGAUCCGCAAGGCCACUCGGAUGUAGAUCGUGCAUGGGCACUAUGGACAGCUACCAAUCAGGGCUUUGCUGGAAUGAUCGGUUCAUGGGGAUUUGGGACGACCAAUUCAAAAGAAAAAUCGCUGGCAAACAAAAGAGAAAAUUUUAUUAAUGUUUACGAAGAACGAUUAAAGACAGUCCAAGUGGAAAAUAAUGACGCCCUUAAAGAAUUAAAAAAGAUUAAAAUGGAAAAGCAAGGAAAAAUUAUAACUCUAAAUCCUAGUAAGGAAAAUCUUACCUCGGAAAAACUCAAAACAUUUCAGGGAUGCGAAAAUCUCAGCGAGGCAGAAGCUAAUGAUACGACGCAGCGGAAAACCAUUCAAGAUUAUAUAGACCGAUCCGGACGCAACGUUGUAGGCUUCUUUGGUGGAACUUAUGAAAGUGCGAAAACGGACGGACGAAAAGAAUUUCUGAGAAUGAUUGAUUUCAUCAAAAAGAACAAGGGUAAG